CGGCCGGAAGGUGAAGAAAAAAACCGUUAGGUGGUUAUUCCGUUAAUACUACGGGAUCCAAAAUUUUUCCCUUUUUUCUUUUUAUAAUUAAUUUGCAACCUAACAGUUCAUUAAUGAAAUACACUUUCUUUCUCAACCUCACAAAUACUGAAAUACUUCCUCUUUCUUCUUCUUCUUUUUCUUUGAUCUUGUUUACCCACAAUGUCGGUUGUCGCAACUGCUACUUUGCCGCCCGUGGUGGGAUCGUUCGGUAUCGGACGAUCCCGGAGGGGGGUGUCGAGGAUUAAGAUGGUGGUCCGAUCUGGGGUUGUCUCUGUGGCUCCGAUCUUGACUAAGCUACAGAGUGAGUGUGCUACUCCUCUGCCAGUUCUUCGACGCGUGGCGGACGAGAUGACGGCUGAUAUGCGAGCCGGUCUUUCCGUUGAGGGUGGCGGCGAUCUCAAGAUGAUACUCAGCUACGUUGAUAGUUUGCCCUCCGGGAAUGAGAAAGGGUUGUUUUAUGCAUUGGACCUUGGAGGGACAAACUUUCGGGUGCUGAGGGUGCAGCUAGGUGGGAAGGAAGAGCGUGUGAUCGCCACUGAAUUCGAGCAAGUUUCCAUCCCACAAGAACUCAUGUCCGGUACCUCUGAGGAGCUUUUUGAUUUCAUUGUUUCUGGGCUGGCAAAGUUUACACAGCAGGAAGGUGAAAACUUUCACCUGUCUCCUGGAAGGAAAAGAGAGAUUGGAUUCACUUUUUCUUUCCCAGUGAAGCAGACAUCUAUUGAUUCUGGCAUUCUGAUCAAGUGGACUAAGGGUUUUGCAGUCUCGGGAACAGCAGGAAAGGAUGUCGUUGCUUGCCUGAAUGAAGCUAUGAAGAGGCAAGGAUUGGAUAUGCAAGUUUCAGCACUGGUGAAUGAUGCAGUGGGAACAUUUGCUGGGGCAAAGUACUGGGAUGAUGAUGUCAUGGUUGGUGUCAUUUUGGGUACAGGAACGAAUGCUUGCUAUGUGGAACGGAUGGAUUCUAUCCCUAAACUGCAUGGCAGUUUUUCUCCAUCUGGAAGAACGAUCAUCAAUACUGAGUGGGGGGCAUUCUCGAAAGGCCUUCCUCUAACUGUGUUUGAUAGAGAUAUGGAUGCUGCUAGCAUCAAUCCUGGUGAGCAGAUAUUUGAGAAGACAAUUGCGGGAAUGUAUCUUGGUGAAAUUGUACGCAGAGUGCUGCUGAAAAUGGCUGAAGAAGGUGCUUUUGGUAGUUGUGUGCCAGAAAAGUUAUUCACACCUUUUAUACUCAGGACCCAGGAUUUAUGUGCAAUGCAGAAGGACAACACAGAUGAUCUUCAGGCUGUUGGAUCAAUCCUAUAUGAUGUAGCUGGGGUUGAGUCCAACCUAAACUCAAGAAAGUUGGUUGUGGAGGUUUGUGACACCAUAGUCAAGCGAGGUGGACGCUUAGCUGGUGCUGGCAUUGUGGGGAUUCUUCAAAAGAUGGAGCAGGACUCAGAAGGCCUUAUCUUUGGCAAGCGGACAGUCGUGGCCAUGGACGGAGGGUUGUAUGAACACUACCCCCAGUACAGAAGAUACAUACAAGACGCAGUCACAGAACUUCUAGGAACUGAGACAUCCCAGAAUGUGAUCAUAGAACAUUCAAAAGAUGGCUCUGGUAUUGGAGCUGCUCUCUUGGCUGCUACAAACUCCAAGUAUGGCCAUGAUUAUUAGGAGAGCACGUAGUUAGAUUGUUGAAAAAUGUAAUUUAAUCUCCAGGCAGUUGAAAUUUUGCAACGAAAUUGAGAAUAAGACUGUAAUUCAGCAGCUUCUGCAGACUGUAAUCCAAAAAAUUGAAACAACUUUGUAUAAUUUAGAUCAUGAAUGUGUUUUUCAAUAUGGUUUGUACAACAAAAGUGCCAUUUGUAU